CUGAUGCUGAUAACGAAGGACUCUAAGUUCAAGCCCUAUCACUCUUAACCUGUUAGUCGUUUGUUAUUUAAAAUUAUUUUAAUCAACCAUUAAACUCAACAAACUACCUAUGUAAAGAAUUAAGGUAGGCUAAAAAUGCUAUAAACUUUGUAUUAAUUUCCAUACAAGUCACAGUUUAUAAUUAGUCUAGGAAUACAUUGACCAAAAUUAUAAUAAGAAUAAAGUGCUUUUACAUAAAACUACAUAAAGUUGUUCUAAAGAUAUACUUAGGAUGUCAAUGAUUUUAAGGAACUUACUUCGCACCAGACACUUGUCCAGAUAUUUUUCAUGUUCAAGUACUAGCAAAAUGUUAUCUACAACUCUAUCUACAAAUGAGGUGUCAGUUGAAGUUCUUGAGGAGGCAGACUCAGGAGUAAUUGUUUUUGGCUUGAAUAGGCCUUCAGCUCGUAAUGCUCUAGGCAGCUCCUUAACAUCCUCAUUGAUGAAUGCUGUUGAGAAAAUUCAUUUGGACCAAAACGCUCGUGUAGUGGUAUUGAGAAGUUUAGUUCCAGGUGUAUUUUGUGCCGGUGCGGACUUGAAGGAAAGAAUCAAACUUUCUAAUCAUGAGGUCAGUGUUAUGGUAGGUAGAUUAAGCGCUUUGGCUACAGCUAUAGAAAAUAUUCCUAUCCCAACGAUAGCAGCAAUUGAUGGUUCUGCUUUUGGAGGUGGCUUAGAGAUAGCAUUAGCCUGUGAUAUGAUUGUGGUUUCAGAAAACGCUAAACUUGGGCUGGUAGAAACAAAGUUGGCUAUUUUGCCAGCAGCUGGAGGUACUCAAAGACUGACGAGGCUUAUUAAUCCUGCAGUCGCCAAAGAACUUAUUUAUUGUGCUAGAAUAUUCAAUGGCAGUGAGGCCAAAGAUUUUGGACUAGCUAACCAUUCUGUAAAACAAAAUUCCUCGUCUGAUGCUGCUUUUCAAAAGGCUCUGGACAUUAGUCGACAAAUUAUAGUGAAUGGACCUCUUGGUGUGAAGAUGGCAAAACUUGCAAUCAACAAAGGUCUUCAAACUGAUAUUCAGACCGGUUGUAAGAUUGAACAGCUAUGUUAUGCCCAGGUCAUUCCGACUAAAGACCGAAUUGAAGGUUUAAAGGCCUUUAAAGAAAAUAGAGCUCCAAACUACAAAGGUGAAUAGACAAUGAAUUAAUAAGUUUAUUAGAGAAGAUAAUUUUAUAUUUGAAGAAAAGGUAAGCUUUCUGUACUUGGUGACAUAAUCUCCAUUUUUACUGUUACUAUACAGUAAAAACUUACUUCUUUUUUAUUAAUUGAAAUGUGAUUCUUACCAGUUUCACUCAUCUUGAAACUCAAGUGUCAACGGGGUAGUAGUUGUAGAUAAGUUGUAUAUAUUUAUAGGGUUGACUCGCAUAUGACUUGAAUAACUUGUAGGCCCUUCUACCAAUUGAAUUUGUUGUCAAAAUAUACAUUUGGUUUAUUUUAUCAGCUAAAUCAUCUUUACUUGGGAUUUGCCUUUGAGGUUGACUUUAGAACUAUGAUGUUGUAUUGGCUAUUUUUUCAUUCACUCUCAAAU